AUGUAUUGUUUAGAAAUAGUAGUUAAAAGUGGCAGCAACGAUCUAUCGGCAAAGCGCAUCAUGAAUUUAAAGAUUAAGAUUCCAAAGGAUAAAAAUACUGAUGGCCCAAAGAUUAAGAGAAAGGCUUCUCUUAAACAAAAAACCGUCUCUGCAGAUGAGUAAGAAAAGAAAUGUAAGUACAAAUUCCGAUCUCCUUAAACAAAACCUGAAGUAAAACUUGCUUCUUAAUUAAAUGAUGAAUUACUCAAAUAACAUUAAAUCUCAUAGUUAUUCCAAGAAUACAAGCUAGCAAAUUUGAAGGCAAAUCUAGUAAAAUUGAAAUCAAAGUAAAACUAUGAAUUAAAUGAAUUGAAUCAUAUAGAGUUGGAAGAUGAUGAACAAGUUAAGUUCUUUUUGUAAGAGAUUUGUAGGAAUCAUCCUGAAAUUGAAGUUAGUCAAUUACUAUAGGUAGAUGUUGAAAAGAAGUAAAUGAAAACUGAGAGUAAAAAAUAAACAUUGUAAGAAUUAAUUGAGAAAAGAAUUAAGUAAGAACAAAAUGAAAAUUUGGUGAAGAUGGAACAACAAUAUUAAAAGAACUUAGUCAAUAUCUACAAAGAAACUAGAUAUGAUUAAUUUGAACCUGAAUUUAAAAAGCAAGGAUAAAUCAAUAUUUGUAAAAUAAAGAAACAGAAAGAAAUUUAAGAUAAAAUGUAUUCUGAGAUAUUUAAAAUAAAACAUCCUACAUCUGAACAUAAUAAUAAAUAAUAAUAUUUUCAUAGACAAUAUAUAACUCCUAAUAAAAAACAUCAAACAGCCAAAUCAUAAUAAUUAUAAAACAAUAUCUUUCUUUCUUAACCAGAUACUAUUUAAAUUACUCCUUAAAACUCAAUUUUACAUGAAUUCAAAGUAAGUCCCCUCACUACUUCUGUUGGAACUUACAGUGAUAUCAAGUCUCCUCUGAAUUCUUAUAGGAAAAAUGAUUUCAGUUUAAAAUUGAAAACAAUAAUGGACAAAUGUGAUAUCAUUGAAAUAGAAUAAGCUAAACAAAAUGAAAUCAUUAAAAAAAAAAUGAAUAAGAUGGGAAAAGAAAUCUAUUAACAUUUUGAAACUGCUAGAAAUAGAUAUUAAAAUUAAGAAAUGGAAAUUGAUGUCAAUGAAGGUUUUGAACGAUUCUUAUAAGAAAAUCAAUUUAAAAGAAAAUUAAUAUAAUAUUAAGUGAGUUAAGUUCAAAAUCUUCAUGAAGUUCUAAGUUAGAGAGCCAAAAGAGAAAUGACUAAUAAUUUUAUGGGUACAGAUUUAGACAAAAGACAAUUAAUUUGA